UUUAUACAAUUUUUUUUUUUUUUCUUCUUCUUCUUUGUUGUCAUUCUCGCCAUGGCUACUCAGAAUCUCGUCGACAUCUCUCAACUCUCACCCCAAUUUCAAGACCUUUAUGCAAAGGCUAAGGAUUUUGUCGAGAAUGAUUGUAUUCCCGCUGAAAAGAUCUUUGCUCUCCAGAUGGGACAAAACGAGGAUCGUUGGAAGAUUAUUCCUCCGGUCAUUGAAGACCUCAAGAAGAAGGCUCGCUCACUAGGUCUUUGGAACCUUUUCUUGGGUCGCGAUUACGCCGAAGGCGCUGGAUUAACGAACCUUGAAUAUGCUUUGAUCGCCGAACUCACCGGUCGUUGUCCCAAAAUCGCACCUGAAGCAAUGAAUUGCAGUGCUCCGGACACUGGCAAUAUGGAGGUUUUCGCUAAAUGGGGCACUCCUGCUCAAAAGAAAAAGUGGCUUCAACCUUUACUUGAUGGCAAGAUCCGUUCAGCGUUCGCUAUGACCGAGCCCAGAGUUGCUUCUUCAGACGCAACCAACAUUGAAACCAGCAUUCGUCGUGUCGGUAAUGAAUAUAUUGUCAACGGUAUCAAAUGGUGGAUUUCUGGUGCUGGUGACCCACGUUGCUCCGUCUAUCUCGUCAUGGGUAAAACAGAUCCUGGCAAUAAAAACAAACACCGUCAACAAAGUUUAGUUAUUGUUCCUGCCGAUACACCUGGUAUUACUGUUGUCCGUCCUAUGCAAGUGUUUGGCUUUGAUGAUGCUCCUGAAGGUCACUGUGAGAUUGUCUUCAAAGAGGUCCGUAUUCCCGUCGAGAACAUGGUUGCAGGUGAAGGCAAAGGUUUUGAAAUCAUUCAAAGUCGUCUCGGCCCCGGCCGUAUCCAUCAUUGUAUGCGUUGCAUCGGUAUGGCCGAACGCAGUCUAGAAUUCAUGCUAGCACGUGUUACCGAUCCCUCUCGACGUACUUUCGGUAAAGUCCUUGCUGAGCACGGCACAGUGGUGCAGGACAUCGCUCGCUGUCGUUUAGAAAUUGAUCAAGCUCGCUUCUUGGUGUUGAAUGCCGCUCGUAAGAUCGAUCAAGGGAAUGCCAAGGGUGCCAUGAAGGAAAUCGGUAUGGCCAAAAUUAUCACCCCUAGCAUGUUGACACAAGUACUUGAUCGUGCUAUGCAGGCCUUUGGUGCUGCAGGCCUUUCACAAGAUACUCCGUUAGCGCAUUAUUUUGCGUCUGCACGUACCUUGAGAAUUGCUGACGGUCCUGAUGCAGUUCAUGAACAACAGUUAGGUAGAUUGGAAUUGCGUCGCGCUGUUGAUAUUGCUGCCAAGAUGAAAGAGCAGCAAGAAAAGGCUGACCAACUGGUCGCUAAAUAUACUUCUUCAUCUUAAUCAUCAAGCUCAGCAUCCUAUUUUUAUAUAC